AUUUCCAUGAGUCAAUUUGUUGUCGUCAGCACUUACUUAGCUAAAGUUUGUUUUCGCUCUUCACUCGCCAGAUUUGCUCAAGUCCCUGUUCUUUCGUACCAUACAGCUACAACAAGCAUGGGAAUACAUCAACUCGCAAAGCUAAUUGCCGAUUGCGCUCCAUCGUCGGUAAAGGAGAAUGAAAUGAAAAAUUACUUCGGUCGUAAAGUUGCUAUUGAUGCCUCGAUGAGUAUUUAUCAGUUUUUAAUCGCAGUGCGACAAGAUGGCAACGUGUUAACAAAUGAAGAUGGAGAUACAACCAGUCACUUGAUGGGCAUGUUCUACAGGACAAUAAGAAUGGUAGAUCAUGGGAUAAAACCACUCUAUGUAUUUGAUGGUAAGCCUCCUGAUUUGAAAUCUGGUGAACUUUCCAAAAGAGCUGAGAAGCGUGAGGAAGCGGAAAAAGCGCUUGCCAAGGCUGAAGAGGAAGGAGAGACAGAGAACGUUAACAAGUAUCAAAGGAGAUUGGUGAAAGUCACAAAAGAACACAAUGAGGAAUGUAAAAAGCUGUUAACAUUCAUGGGAAUUCCAUAUCUUGAUGCCCCUGGAGAAGCAGAGGCUCAGUGUGCGGAGUUGGUGAAAGCUGGUAAAGUGUAUGCGACUGCCACAGAGGAUAUGGAUAGUCUGACUUUUGGAUCCUCUACUGUUGUUAGGCACAUGACAUUCAGUGAAGCCAGGAAGAUGCCUUGUCAAGAAUAUAAUUUGAAUAAUAUUCUGGCUGAACUAGAGCUAUCCCAGGAUGAGUUUAUUGAUUUAUGCAUAUUACUUGGGUGUGAUUAUUGUGAUUCUAUCAGAGGUAUUGGACCAAAGAGGGCUAUAGACCUUAUUAGACAGCACAAAACCAUAGAAGAAGUCAUUGCACAUCUUGAUUCAAAGAAGUAUACUGUUCCUGAUGGGUGGUUGUACAAAGAAGCAAGGGAAUUGUUUAAAAAACCAAAUGUUACUGCAGGUGUUGAUAUAGAGUUGAAAUGGAUUGACCCAGAUGAGGAUGGCUUAAUUGACUACAUGUCUAAACAAAAGGGUUUUGCUGAGGAUCGUAUAAAAAAUGGUGCAAAGAAACUAUUGAAAGCAAGACAUACAUCAACACAGGGAAGGCUGGAUAGUUUCUUUUCAGUAAUGGCUUCCCCAUCUAUCAAACGAAAGAGCACAGAUAGCAAAGGUUCGGCACAGAAGAAAAAAACCAAGACUGGCGGCGGAAAGUUUCGCAAAGGGCGAUAAUGGUGUGAGAUUAUUUACAUGUGCAAAGAAUUUAAACCAUGUUCAUCAUCAUCAAUAAAGUUACAUGUAUCACUCUUGAUGUGCAAACAUGAAAUGUUUACAUUUCAAGACAAAAUAUGUAUUACCUAAUUAAAUCACAGUUAAUGUAUUAGUACAAAACAUUGAUUUCCAUGUUAUUAAAGUCUUGCCAUGUAUUAUUGAAUGUGUGAUUCUGUGAUCAACAAUAAUUUGUACAUGAAAUGAACCUAGUAUUUAUUUGUAUAUACUACAAGAUCUUGGCAGCAGUCUUCAUACUGGUCAUUUAUGUUGGUACUGGCGUAGCACUCCACCAAUUGAUUAUACAUUAAGUCUUUUUUAUCAUUAUCUUACACAAAAAUGUAUGAUAUAUACUUCUAGCUUUACUUGUUUAUUGAAUUACUUUACUUUAUUAUUGAAUUUGUAAAAUCAUGUGAAAAGUUACCAGUAUUACCCCUUUUAGUUUUACAGUAUAGCAUUUAGAUUAAUAAUGAAUCGCAUAAAAAUGUUUUUAUAUUGUGAAAAUGGUCUCAGAGUUGCUGUUUCAUCGAA